ACGCACGCCAUCGCCGCCUCCUCGUCCUCCUCCUCCUCCUCCUCCUCUCUCUCUCUCUCUCUCUCUCCUCCACCAACCAAUAGAGACCGGCUCUAAAUACCAGUCCAUCCGGCAGGUUUGUUUAGGCAGCCGCAGCCGGCGUUGCUCCUGUCCGGAGCGCUAAGGACUCCCGAGAAGCAGAAGCUUCUAUCGGCGGCGGGGCUCGUGGUCGAUCGAGCGGGCAGGCGCGGGCGCAUGCGCGAGUACGGGCGCGGGCACGAGGAGGAGGAGGGGGAGGAGCAUGAGCCCCAGCCGGGGUGCGGGGAGGGGGCGGGGCAGGCGGCGGCCAACUGCGCGGCGGUGUGCUGCUGCUGCCCGCUGGCGCUGCUCGACGUGCUGCUGCUCGUCACCGUCAAGCUCCCAGCGGGCGUCAUGCGGCGGGUGAGGAGGAGGAGGCGCCACCGCGACCGCGUCAGCCGCAAGAAGCGGUCGGCGGCGGCGGCGGCGGUUGAGCCCGCGUCGCCGUCGGGGAGCAGUGGCAAGGCGAUGAUCGGCGCGGCCCCGUCGCCGCUGGAGGCCGAGGAAGAGGAGGCGCGCGGCGAGGCGGCGGCGGCGGAACUGGAGCGCGAGAUCAUGAGCUCCCGGUUCUACGGCGCCGGCUUCUGGCGCAGCGUCUCCUCCGGCUGUAGCUCCUCCACUUCCAUGCGCUACCAAUAGCCAGCCAGCGCGCCCCUCUCCUCCUCGCGAUUUUGUUGCGCACAUAGCGAGUCGACAAGCACGCCAAAUCGCCAACAACAACUUGAUCAGUUCUUGAGGCUUUGGGGGCGUUCGUUAUUGGGGUGCCAGUCAGAGCCCUACUAUUUGGCCGUGCACUUGGUCUUGAUCGACACGUGCGAAUCCGUUCCGUGUGGAUUAGACUGUUGGAUUCGUACGCCAUUGUUUUGGGCUAGCUUGCUUGGACCACACCGGCAGCGGCAGCAUGCGAUAGGGGGCGACCAAACCGGGUGGUUCUGGUCCCACAUGUAAGUCACUGCUUAGAUCUUCCCGUUUUCUUUGUUCCUGUGAGAACCAGCAAAUGCUGGAACCUGAAACUGAUUUUUGCACAACUUGUCGUUAUUGAUUGUGAGGCCAUUCAAUAGGAAGUUCGUUUGCACAUCA